UAUUAACACUUUUUUUUUGGAUGUUACAAAGGAUAUUGUUGGUGCUGUCGUCAAUGAAAACACUGUUCCAAGUGAUAUUGUUCGGGUUUGGUGUGUUGUUGCUAAAAUGUUUUUGACUCGGAUUUAUGAUCUUAAGAAAACAUACUUGAAUCAAAAAUUAUUCCUUAAAAGAUAUAAUCGUCUUUUGGGUUAUAAUUGUAAUUUUAAUGAAAAUUUUAAACUUAGCUUUUGUAAUAAUUGUCAUAGCCGUUAUGAAUGUUCCAAGAAAUGCUUAAAAGCUACUGACUCUUCUCCAACUGAUGCCGAUUAUAUUACUAUUGAAGAAGACUCAGAUUCCCUACCAGACUCUACAGACGAUGAUUUAGAUUUUUCAGGUGACUAUAUGUUGCCAAAUAAUAAAAGCUCGAAAAAUUCAGUAUUAAAAGCAAAGUUUAUAUUUGAUUCGGACAAAUUUGAUAUAUUUCUUUAUAAUUUUGUUAAACAUAUUCGUAAAUACCUUAAUCAUGAUAAAAUUGAUAAAGAUGAUAUUGAAAUUUCUUAUAAAAUAAAUGGAUGUGGUCAGGCGAUGGCAUUAGAUGAUGAAUGUGAUUAUAAUGCAUUUAUUACUGAAUGCAAAAAUCUAACACGUUCAAAAAAAAAUAUGAAAUUAAUUGAAGAAGGUAUUGACUUAAAUGAAGAAAAAUUAGAACCAAAAUCUAAAAAAUUGAAAACUAGUUGUGUUCUCAAGGAAUCAAAUCUUACUCCUAACGAAGUUAAUUUAGCUACAAUUAUUUCUGAGCUUCGAUCCAAAUAUUGUUGCAAUAUCCAUCCUACGCCUUGUUAUAUUGAAGACAAUAAACAUCUUCAAUUGAUGCCUGCACAUUUACACCUAUGGGCACAAGAUGUGGUCAGUACAAGUACUUAA